UACAAUUAGUGUAUUAGUAAAUUUGAAACUUUAAAUGAAUCGAUAAUGGGGAAAUUAUAAGCAAUAAUGUAAUUAGAAAAAGGAAUCCAUCUAAACAUUAGUGAAAGUGGGUGUUUUCGUCAUUUGAUAUAAUAUAGAGCUUCCUGACUUUUUUCUGCUCCGAAGAUAGCUUUUUUUGUUUGUGUGUGCAAUGGCGUUGCUGCAAAGCUCUGGGAUGUUGACGAAAGAGCAAAUGGUUUAUCUAUUUGAUCGAUUCGAUUAUUUGACCUCGCAGUCUGAUGUGAAGAAAAGAAUCUCCGACGCCGUUGAGGAUAAACAGGAAGCUGUAGCCGUUACAACUGCAAUUCAAGAGGAAAUAUUUUUGGAGAUGGGAAUUGACCCUGGAUUUGGUAUUGGAUGCUUGGGGAAGUUGAAUUCGGCAUAUGAAAACGAUAAAGACUUGAUGAUUGGUUUCUACAAGUUCCUCUCUAAGGAGGAGAUGGCGUGUGAAGAAGCUGAGCUUGGACCAGAUGGAUUUGAACAGAAAAUGAAAGCACAACAACAAUUACAACAACAGCAACUGGAGAUGCUUAAGUAUAUGCGUAAAUUUUCUCUGGAUGACCAAUCUGCUAUCCUUAAAAAGCUUCAGAAACAACUAGAAGGUGCGGAUUUCGAGCCUGAGGCAUCGCUUUUGACAGGAGAGGAAAUGGAGGAAGCUGGAAGAAGAAGAGUUUCACCAGUUUUUGGAACCAGAUAGCUUCUCAUUUCUCACAGGCCACUUCAAUCUGUAAACUGAGUCUCUCUCUCUCUUUUCACCUACAUAUACUGAUCAACUCUUUAGAAGUAAAUGUAAACAGAUCAUUUCUUGACCUC